AUGUUGUUUUCUACACUUGGGCGCGCUGCCCUUGCUGCUGCCGCGUUUGCGACAUGCUCGUUUGCACAAAGCUCAAAAGACGAUGAUCUCGGCCAAUCCACCUUUGUCGCCCCGGAAAACAAUGUCGCCUUUGGCUUCACCGUCCCCGAAAACAGCGGCGAGGACAUCUUCUUCACGAUGCGGGCCCCCAUCGACCGCACAUGGGCCGCCAUUGGCAUCGGCCAGGAUCGAAUGGCCGGUAGCUUGAUCUUCAUGAUCUAUCGCGACGAGACGGGCAACAAUGUCACCUUCUCACCUCGCAUAGCUUACGGAAACUACGAGCCGACGUACUACAACAAUAUGCAGUGGGACGUUCUUGCCGGGACGGGUGUGUUCAACAAUUCCAUGUACUUCAGUGCGCGAUGCACUGCCCACUGCAGGAGCUGGGUGGGAGGAUGGAUCGAUGUCUCGAACGAGAACCAAAAGGCCAUUUAUGCUGUCGGGCCCAAAGGAAGCUUCUUCUCGAAUAAGCAGGACACGUCUGUCAAGUUCCACGAGGAGUUUGGCCGCUUCACACUCAACAUGAAGCGCACAGUUGGCCCCGGCGACGCGCCCGUGCUCAAGGACAGCUCCGUCAAUGAGGGCACAACCCAAGUCUCUGCCAACGAUGGCCGGAGAGACUACAAGUCCAUCUUCCAUGCGGUUCUGAUGGUGGGCUCCUUGGUUUUCCUCAUUCCUUUCGGUGCCAUCCUCCUUCGCUUUGGAAACAUGGUCAGGUGGCACGCCCUCAACCAAGGUGUUGCUUUGGUUAUCGUUCUCAUUGGUUUCGUGCUCGGAGUUCUAACCAGCUUCUGGUACUCACGUUCUCGUGGUUUCAAGUCAGCACAUCAGAUCAUCGGCUUCAUCGUGGUUGGCUUCCUCUUGGGUCAAUUCGCCAUUGGCUUUCUGCAUCACCAAAAGUACAAGAAGACGCAGCGCGAUACACUAUACAAGGUUGUUCACCAGUGGCUUGGUCGCAUUACGAUUGCUCUUGGCACUUUCAACGCAUUCUUGGGCUUCUCAUUCGCCUUGAACCGCCGGUUCAAUUACUUCCUCGCUGCAUUCAUCAUCCUCAUGCUUCUUGUCUCGCUGUUCUUCACCUUCGGAGGCAAGUGGGUCCGCGGCCGGCUGCCCGCUAAGUUCGGCAACCAAGGAACGGGCGGGUACAACCCGGAGCCUUGGAGACAAGCACCUCCGCAAGGCGGAUACGCAUACACCGGUGCCGCUCCUCCUGCCUACCAGCCGCCUUCUCAUCAGAACCAAAGCGUCGGUCUGACAAGCAUGGUGGCGGAUCCCACGCAACCGACGAAAGAGAGGAGUGGUAGCCGCGACUACCGGAACAACGACUUGGGUUCUGCGCACCAACCGCGCGAGAUGGUGUAA